AUGAGUAAUUCCAAAAGUGGAUUAACAGCCGAUGGUCGUCGUCCUCACCCCUCUAUCACUACUUCCGCUUUCUCAUCUCUUCCAACUGUAAACACACCACCACCUGGCCACGGUACUACCCCACCAGGUCACGCAGUACCACUCGGUCACGAAUCUUUUAUUCCACGAGACCCAUCUAUGUCAAUUAUCGGCUCAUACGACUACGAUGUAUCUGAUUAUUACUAUCCCGAUCGAUCUUCUCGCGACCCGCGAUCUUCUCAACAACAAACUCCUACAUAUUCAUCGUCAAAAUCACGUGGUACACUUUCUCCAACUCCAAUUCCAAUUCCGAAAAGUUCUACGCGCCCUUCAUCUUCUUCAUCGCAAUCACGUGGAAUACUUCAUACUCAUAAUUUAUCAGCGCCAGACCCAAAAAUACAAAAUCCAAUGUUUCGGUCAGUUUCGCCGAAUUCUGCUAAUUAUGCGUAUCCGUCAAAUAACUCGAUGUCAUCACCUGAAUAUGAUUAUUUUUCGAGUUCAUCUUCACAUCCUAAUAACUCACCGCCAUCGCCGUAUAUUGUGCCUGAUCCACCUUUACCUAGUAGUCAUGAUAACAAUUCAACUUCAUAUAUUAAUCAACAUUCACAACAUUUAAAUUAUCAAAUACCAUCACAAAGCUUUUCUCAAGAAUUUCCGUCAUUUUCAAGACCAGAAUCAUUAGCAGAUCCUUUUAAUAUUCCUGCAGGUCAGAAUACAUCAAGAUCCUUUAAUACAACCUCAGAAACACCAAAUCAACAACAACGCUCACGUCAGCAACCGCCAUCAAUUCCACCUCCACAAAGCAAACAACAGCAUCAAAAUUUACAAUUUCCACCGACUCGACAAUCGUCUCAACGUUCUGUACAUUCUGUACAGAAUGUGUCAUUGUCGGCUUCGCCUCCUCCACAAUUACAUAAGGCUAGUUCUACUCCAGCCCUACACAAAAAAGCUAGUAGUGUAUCAUUUGAUUCUGAACCCACGACAGUAGAAGAAUAUGUCCAGAAAGCAAUAAAAUAUCAUGAAAAUGAUCAACUCGAAAAGUCCGCUCAUUAUCUUCGAAUUGCCGCUGAACAGGAAUCACCGGCUGCGAUGGUUCUUUACGGAAUAGCAUUAAGACAUGGCUGGGGCUGUAAAAAAGACGAAGCUUCAGCAUUUAGAUACCUUCAAAUGGCCGCAAAAUCUGCCGUAAAUGACCCCACGAAAAUGCAUCAAAGUGUGAACAUGUCGUCUGUAAAAGGUGAAAUGGUUCUUGCCAUAUAUGAGUUAGGCAUGUGUUUUAGGCAUGGAUGGGGUGUAGUGAAGAAUAAGUCUACGGCUGCUUAUUAUUUUGAAAUUGCGGCAAAUAUGGGAGAUCCUGAUGCACAGAAUGACAUUGCACUGUGUUAUUAUAAAGGCGAAGGUGUGAAAAAGGAUAUGAAACUUGCUGCAAAAUACUAUAGAAUGGCACAUGCACAAGGUCAAGGAACAAUGGGCAAUUCGUGGAUAUUUAAAUCCAAAUAUGACAAUCAUCGAUCUUUUCAUCAACCUGCAUCUUCUUAA